AUGAAUUUCAGUUAUUCCCAUUUUCCUUUUCGUUUUUUUCUUUCUUUCAUUCUUUCUUUUUUUUUCACAUAUGUAUACAAUUUUCUUUUUCUUUCUUUCUUUCUUUUUUAUUCACAUAUCUAUACAAUUUUCUUUUUCUUUCUUUCUUUCAUUCUCUCUUUCUUUUUUAUUCACAUAUACAAUUUUUUUCUUUCUUUUUUAUUCACAUAUUUAUACAAUUUUCUUUUUCUUUGUUUGUUUGUUUGUUUCUUUCUUUUUUAUUCACAUAUCUAUACAAUUUUCUUUUUCUUUCUUUCUUUCAUUCUCUCUUUCUUUUUUAUUCACAUAUUUAUACAAUUUUCUUUUUCUUUCUUUCUUUCAUUCUCUCUUUCUUUUUUAUUCACAUAUUUAUACAAUUUUCUUUUUCUUUCUUUCUUUCAUUCUCUCUUUCUUUUUUAUUCACAUAUUUAUACAAUUUUCUUUUUUUUUUUCUUUUUUCUUUUUUUUUUUUUCACAUAUUUAUUUCUUUUCUUUUUCUUUCUUUUUUCAUUCUCUUUCUUUUUUUAUUCAUUUUUUUCUUUUUCUUUCUUUCUUUCAUUCUCUCUUUCUUUUUUAUUCACAUAUUUAUACAAUUUUCUAUUUCUUUCUUUCUUUAUUUCUUUCUUUAUUCCUUUUUAA